UCAGUCCCCCACCAACAGUGUUCCAAGUGAAGAAGAAAGGGGGAGACGUACGAGUUAGCCUAAACGAUACGCGACCAAUGCGGUGUAUUUUAUAACGAUUUUUUGAUAGUAUAUAUAUAAAGUCUGUGCCUGCUUGGCUCUAUAUCGCGCCUACCUUCCCCCCCUGCCCCGGCUUUAGCGCACACAAGUAUGAGUGGCAGCGGGCGGCCCAGGACCAGCUCAUUUGCUGAGCCUCCGGGGGCUCCCGGAGCCGCUGCAGCAGUUGCCGGAUCGGCUGUUGCUGGUGGGAGCUCCGCAGGAAAACCCGGGGCUUCACAGGCCAGUGGGAGCAGCUCGACGGGCUUCGGAAAUUUAAAACUAACCAGAGACAGCGGCAAGGUCACGACAGUGGUGGCCACGCCUGGCCAGGGGCCGGACCGUCCACAGGAAGUGUCCUACACGGACAUCAAGGUGAUCGGGAACGGUUCCUUCGGCGUGGUGUAUCAGGCUCGUCUCAUCGACAGCCAGGAGAUGGUGGCCAUUAAGAAGGUCCUGCAAGACAAGCGGUUCAAGAACCGAGAACUACAGAUCAUGAGGAAGUUGGACCACUGCAAUAUCGUGAGGCUACGCUACUUCUUCUAUUCCAGCGGAGAAAAGAAAGACGAAGUGUACCUCAACCUGGUUCUGGACUUUGUCCCAGAGACGGUGUACAGGGUGGCCCGGCACUUCAACAAGGCCAAGACCACGAUCCCCAUCAUCUACGUCAAGGUGUACAUGUACCAGCUGUUCCGCAGCCUGGCCUAUAUCCAUUCCCAGGGCGUGUGUCACCGAGACAUCAAGCCUCAGAACCUGCUGGUGGACCCCGAGACGGCCAUCCUCAAACUCUGUGACUUUGGCAGUGCGAAGCAGCUUGUUCGCGGGGAGCCGAACGUGUCCUACAUCUGCUCGCGGUACUACCGCGCCCCGGAGCUCAUCUUCGGAGCCACCGACUACACGUCCAACAUCGACAUCUGGUCAGCGGGCUGCGUGCUGGCGGAGCUGCUGCUGGGACAGCCUAUCUUCCCCGGAGACAGCGGCGUGGACCAGCUAGUGGAGAUCAUCAAGGUUCUGGGAACUCCCACGAGAGAGCAGAUCCGAGAGAUGAACCCCAACUACACAGAGUUCAAAUUCCCACAGAUCAAAGCACACCCCUGGACAAAGGUGUUUAAGCCCCGCACGCCCGCAGAGGCCAUCUCCCUGUGCUCUCGCCUGCUGGAGUACACGCCCGUGACGAGGCUGUCCCCACUGGAGGCCUGCGCCCACGCCUUCUUCGACGAACUGCGCCAGCCCAGCGCCCGCCUGCCCAGCGGAAGAGACCUGCCCCUGCUCUUCAACUUCAGCCCUGUUGAGCUGUCUAUCCAGCCCCAGCUGAACUCCACUCUCAUUCCCCCUCACGCUCGCGCUCAGACAUCACCUGCCUCACAUGAGUGCAGUGUUUCAGACAGUCCUGCCCAGCCUAGCUCAGCCCCUGGAUCCAUCAACAACAGCACCUGAACACCCAUUCUUCAGUUCCCCCUUCUCCUGGCUUCUCCCCCGCCUUCCCACCCCCCCAACUCUCAUCUCCUAGCUCCCUUCUGGCUCCAAACUUCCUAUUACGACUCUCAUGUCAACACUCACCAACACAGUCAUUUCCCCCAGGUUAUUUAACAGGUUUGGGUGUAAACACGGUUCUAGUGCUCAUCUGUCUGUGUCUCUAUAGGAGGGUGGGGUAGUUCUGAUGCUCACAGUGGGGUUCAUUAAAUAGGGUUCAUUAAUAAGUAGGCCAAAGGUAUGUGUUCAUCUGCUCAUCCAACACACCAGCUUAGUGAACCUGUCCCUAAGACUACAACAGUGCUGGUUGAGGCAGUUGUGUAUGAAAGCAAAGUUUAUAUUUCUUUGGUAGAUCAAACCCUGGGGGGAACACUGUAUUAUGAAUCUCUGCUAAUAGAUUAUACUUUGUUUUUUUGUUUUAUUCUCAAAUUGUUAUGUUUUAUUUAUUCAAUCCCUGCUUUGUUUUCAUUAGAGCUGGUGUUGUGGCCAGAGAUACUGGGCUGGGGGAAGUCUGUCAGGUUUCUUUCUAUGACAGAUAUCGACAAUCUUCCUUUUUUGUAAAACGUCUACAAGACUCUUGGAGAGGACUGUAGAAACCCCCUGGAACCUCCUAGAACCAUAUUUGUUCUCUGACAGGGUUCUCUGUCUCAUGGCGGAGAGGAAAACCAUGUUUUUAUCUGUUUUAUCGAAUACCAAAUUGCAGCGGCAAGGUCAUUAGGGUUUUGCGUUCGUUUUUUUUUUCUUUUUCUCGGCUGCGUUUUAGAUGAAGUGAGAUUUUAUACGCUUUUUUCCACAGUUGGGUGACGAGCCAUCCAAGUCCAUUGCAGUGAGGGAAUGGGAGUCUGUCUCUGUGGAGUUUUAAGUCUUAAAUGUAUUUUAUUUGAACAAGAGGAAACUAUCUAGGAAUGGGAAUAUCCAUAUUUAGUUCCUGUACGUCUUUGCCCCGUCUCUUUAGCUGGGAAGAUCAUUUAUUUUCUUUUACCUGAGUCAGUAGAUACUGUUCAGCUCCAAAAGCAUGGUAGCAGAGACUGAGCGCUACCUGUGGGUGCUGUCCUCAAUCCACAUAACCUGCACGCAAUUGGCUGGAGCUGAGCUCAUUCAAUUCCACAGUAGAGGCCGUUCUUGUACCCCGUCCAAAGCCCUACAUUUUCUAUCUGCUGUCGCCUUGCAGAUUAGCAAACGGCCCAUUCAGAGACGCGUGCGUCUGGGGGGUUUCUCCCAGUGCUUACAUGCCAGGACUGACUUGGCCAGUCUUUGGUUGAAAGACAAUUUGACACUCCCGGUUUUUUUUUCUGUCUAUUGUCUCAACGCACAAUUUCACUGCAUGUAGAGUCCAACACCAACAGUUUGUCAUCACGUCUGUGUUUGUGUGUCUUGUGGCGUAAGCAUGACACCGGCGCGUGUGUUCGACAGGCCCCCCACCCCCGCUUUCCCCCACACCAACUCUAUGGACCUCUGCCUCAGUACCUGUGACCGUGAGUGCUGAUCCUCACCCCACCAGACCGGGGGUGCCUGCGGGCCUGUGUCCCGCCUCCCAGACACCCUGCCAGUAGCAUCAGUCACUCAUUCAACCGCCACUCGGACAUGCAUGUUAGAGCACACCGGUACUUCCUUCCUGCCUGCCCACCACAACGAUAGCUGGAAUCAGAACACCUUUUUAGGGGGGGAAGAAAUCUAAAUAUUGCCCAACCACUUGUGGAGCCUCCUUGUCUUCUUCCAUUGCUCCCCUCCUACCUCUGCCGCCACCCCCGCUAUGUCCUUCCUUCCUUUCACUGCUAAACUGUAAAUAUCAAGUACCUUUAUUUUUUUUUAUUAUUGUUAUUAUAUUGUUGUACUUGUAAUUUCUUUAUUUUUUCGUUUCUUCUCUAGUAGAGUCGUAGCAGCGACCAAGCUCCCUCUAGUCUCAUUCUGUAAAUACGAUUUCAUUUCAGUCCCUGGUUCAGGGGGGGAAAACAGAACAAAAUGUUUCUCUCGUUGUUAGUCUCUCUCCCUCCAUUUCUCUCUUGUUGCCUUUCGUUUUUAUUUAUUGUAUUUUUUUUUCUUUUCCUUAGAACGAUUUCUCUCUAAGGGGGGAGGAAGGGUUUCAAGUUGAAAGGUUUGUUUUGUAAGAAUUUUAACACAAGUCACAUGUCCUGACAUCCAAGAUACUGUACUUUGAUCUCAGCGUCAGAGCAUUUCCUAGCACGGAUCUAGUAUUUUUUUUUUUUUUUUUGCAGGUACACAUGCUAGCCAGUAGGUGGAGCUACAGGUUUGCCGUUUUAAAUGUGAAGGGAAUGUCACGACUGUGGGUCCAUGGUAACGGUGUUGGGCCCUGUACCCAUGGUCGAGGAGCAGAAGGCCUAUAGGUGGCCUGCUAAUACUGCUGUCUCUGGGUGGGUUGUACCCUGCCCCACAACCUUUACCAUCCCCUGCAUCUCAACGACCCCUGUUUCCUUUUAGCCUUUUUAGUAUGACUGUACUGGGGCAAACCUGUUCAGUUUCUUGUGCGUGCUGACACAAAUCUAUGAAUGACCUAUUGAGAGCGACCUUUCAGAAUGUGUGUGUGUGCGUGCGUGCGUUGUUCGGGAGUGUGGAUACAUUUCGCAGAACUCUUGUGCCCCAUUAUGUUUCCCUGAUAAGAAGAGAUGACUCUCUUAUUGCUUUCUGUAAAAAAAAAAAAAAACUAUUUUCUGUCAUACAAUUGUGGUUCCUGCUCCUCCAUCAUCCUACCGGAGGAUCAGAGGAUCUUUGGUGGGAAAUUGAAUGGUUGUGAAAGGAGGGGAUGAUGGAGAGAGAGAGAGGGACGGAGGGAGAGAGACUGUUUUUGUUUGUUGGUAUAAAUAAUUAAACUCAUUAAUAAAGAUAUGAAACUGC